UGGUCCACCGCACCCACUGGAAGCUGGAGGCUGCCUGGGAAGCUGGAGCAUCCCUGUUUUGUUAACCACCGACCCAGCAUCAGUGAACAAAAAGAAGCCAAAAGCCUCAUGUUGCCCAUUUGAGCAGACAUGGGAUGCAGGCGGGGAGGGAUUGCUCAUCCAUCGCUUAGUUAGCUGACUGGGGCUUUUUUCAAUUCAACACUAUAUCCAACACUAUGGCUAAACAGUACGAUGUGCUCUUCCGACUCCUGCUUCUCGGAGAUUCUGGGGUUGGGAAAACAUGUUUGCUAUGCAGAUUCACGGACAACGAAUUUCACCCGUCUCACAUCUCCACCAUCGGAGUCGACUUCAAAAUGAAGACACUAGUAAUAGAUGGUAUCAAAGUACGGAUACAGAUAUGGGACACUGCAGGCCAAGAAAGGUACCAGACCAUCACUAAGCAGUACUACAGACGAGCACAGGGAAUCUUCCUGGUAUACGAUAUCACAAGUGAGCGAUCCUUCCAGCACAUCAUGAAGUGGGCCAGUGAUGUGGAUGAGUACGCUCCCGACAAGGUCCAGAAGAUCCUCGUAGGGAACAAGUCAGAUGAAGUGGACAAGAGGCAGGUAGCUACAGAGCAAGGUAUCAAGCUGGCCAAGGCUUAUGGAAUGGAUUUCUUUGAGACAAGUGCCUUCACCAACCAUAAUAUUACAGAGACUUUCACACGACUGGCUGAACAGGUGCUGGCAGCCAAUAAAAAGGACCUGGAUCUUCUCCGGAUGUCCAUUAAUGACGAGAUUAAUCUUGCUGCUCUGGAGGAAGAGGAAGGACUCUGUGAUAGUGCAGCGGGGGACCAAGGCAAAGGCUGCUGGUGUUAAAGAAAACAAAACAAAAAGUUAAAUAUAUGUUAUCACCAGACAUUUUGCACACUCUGGUCAAAAUGUGUGUCCUUUUGUUGUUGAAAUAUAAAAGAACAUCGAGCUGUAAUUUUGAAACUAGCUAUGUUCCUCUGUUAAAUGGAGCAAUGCCAACAAUGCUAAUGAGGCAUUUGAGAGCGGUUUCAAUGACAAAGGUGGAAUACAUUUUGCCACAAAGUGCCAAGUGUGUGGUGAAUUAACUAACUGAAGGUCCAAAUGUCAAGGGACAGAAUGUUCAUUGUCUAAAGCACUAAUUCCUGCUCAGUUCAGUGUGUCUUUGAUGUAACCAAAUGCAAUCCCUAUCCACUACAAAUUCAACAAUUGGCAUACAGUUAAAAUGGCUUCCAGGAGAGCUGGAAAUUAAGAUUUUAUCAUCUUUUCUUACAGACUUUGUACAGUGUCCUGAUCUAGAGGAUAGGGAAUGACUUGGAAUUGUUCGCCACUGACUUGAAACCUUUCACAAUGUUGUAUUUUCCAAGCGCUGUCUCUGAUAUUGAUCAUAGGGCUGGGUGCCUUGCAAUUCAACAAUGUGAUUGCUUACGUUUGGCCUUCAUUCACCUCUUUAGUGUUUUCCUUCAUGUGGGUAUUAGCCCUCCGGCACCUACAGCCUUUCUACCAUUGAAUGCAUUAGAUGUAGUGUAAGAACUCUACCACAAGAGGGUGCUACAUGCAUUGCAAAAAUAGCACACACACACACUGGAGAGGUGUUCAGAGGUAAUUUAAGCAAGUUCACAGUUUGUUAUGUGUAAGUUUUUGGUUGUAAUUGCACUUGCAGUGGCUACCUUUAAUGUGAUUCUAAAUAUAUGCAGCCAUUUUAUUAUUUUCUUUUAUAGUUUUCAUGCAAAUGUUGGCAACAAAGGACGUUUUGCAGUUUGUAAUAUUAUCAACAAGACCACACAUACACUCUGAUAAGUCACAGUGAAGUACACCAGUAUAUGUCGUUAAUUGAGGGAAAUAUUAAGAGCAAAAUUAUUCAAUUUCCCUGUAGCAAAACUGAAGAUAUUUUUUCAUUUUAUAGUCUUUGUUAAUAACUGAAAAUAUCCUAUAGUACAGAUGAUUUGAUAACUGCCCAUUGCAUUGUACAUACCAGGUUUUCAGGCAUUGUAGAUUGGUAGAAUCACAAAGAUAUGACAUUAAUUUAAUGUAUUACCAUUACGGGGCUGUAUAAAAGAGUCCACAGUGAUAUUCUAGAUGGUCUGAAAUAUUCCCUCUGUGAAGAUGAUAAUGUCUUGGUCAUUCUGUCCUUUUUCUCACUGUUUUGUACAGAGUCCUGUGGAGAUGGAGAUCUUUUUUUCCCCCCUCAGACUUAACAAGGGACAAGCGAGAGUUUUGCAUGCGAUUCACUCUUCUUUCCUUUCUUUUAUUGCAACUUCAAUGAAGUUAAUAAUCAACUGACCAGAUAACAAGUAGGUGAUAGCAUUUGACCAGAGUUGCCUGUUGGAGACUUAAACAGAAUGACCAUUAUUGAACAAACUUUGGCUACAUUCUUUUUGCAACUUAGUAAAACUAAAUGCUAUUCAAAACAAUUGUUAAUAUGUGCACCGUGUGAAAUGGCAGUAUGUUGUACUGAAUGAUGUUCUGGACUAAGCUCUAGAUACACAAUGUAUCUGUGUGGUUUUCAAGAACUAUUUUCUUUCUUUCUUUUAGAGUACUUCAACUUGUAUUUGUGGAAAUAUAUUACAUGCAACAUGUAAAAUGCAACAUGUUAUUCUUGGAGAAAAGAUGUCAGAUGUUUAUGAGUAAAUACUUGCAGAUAUA